AUGGCUAAAAGACCGGGACCCCCUGGAAGCCGAGAAAUGGAACUAUUGACAUUCAGAGACAUAGCUAUAGAAUUCUCUCUAGAGGAAUGGCAAUGCCUGGAUCAUGCUCAGCAGAAUUUAUAUAGAGAUGUGAUGUUAGAGAACUACAGAAACCUGGUCUCCCUGGGUAUUACUGUCUCUAAGCCAGACUUGAUCACCUGUCUGGAGCAAAAUAAAGAGCCUCGGAAUAUAAAGAGAAAUGAGAUGGUAGCCAAACACCCAGUUACGUGUUCUCAUUUCAACCAAGACCUUCAGCCAGAGCAGGGCAUAAAAGAUUCACUCCAAAAAGUAAUAACAAGAACAUAUGGAAAAUGUGGACAUGAGAAUUUACAGUUAAAACAGUGUUGUAAAAGAGUGGAUGAGUAUGAGGUGCACAAAGGAGGUUAUAAUGACUUUAACCAAUGUUUGUCAAAUACCCAAAACAAAAUAUUUCAGAGUCAAAAAUGUGUCAAAGUCUUUGGUAAAUUUUCAAAUUCCAAUCGACAUAAUACAAGAUAUACUGGAAAGAAAAAUUUGAAAUGUAAAAAAUAUGGCAAAUCAUUUUGCAUGUUUUCACACCUAAAUCAACAUCAGAUAAUUCAUACUACAGAGAAGUCCUACAAAUGUGAAGAAUGUGGCAAAUCCUUUAACUACUCCUCAAACGGUACUACACGUAAAAGAAUUCUUACUGGAGAGAAACCCUACAGAUGUGAGGAAUGUGGCAAAGCCUUUAGGUGGCCCUCAAACCUUACUAGACAUAAGAGAAUUCACACUGGAGAGAAACCCUAUGCAUGUGAAGAAUGUGGCCAAGCCUUUAGGCGCUCCUCAACACUUAUUAACCACAAGAGAAUUCAUACUGGAGAGAGACCCUACAAAUGUGAAGAUUGUGGCAAAGCCUUUAGUGUAUCCUCAGCCCUCACUUACCACAAGAGAAUUCAUACUGGAGAGAAACCCUACACAUGUGAAGAAUGUGGCAAAGCCUUUAACUGCUCCUCGACCCUUAAGACACAUAAGAUAAUUCAUACUGGAGAGAAACCCUACACAUGUGAAGAAUGUGGCAGAGCCUUUAACUGCUCCUCAACUGUUAAGGCACAUAAGAGAAUUCAUACUGGAGAGAAACCGUACAAAUGUGAAGAAUGUGACAAAGCUUUUAAGUGGCAUUCAAGUCUUGCUAAACAUAAGAUAAUUCAUACUGGAGAGAAACCCUACAAAUGUGAAUAA